UCUGCUACCAGAAGGGCUUUGGGGGUUUUUCACCUUGGCAUUGGGGAGGGUUUUUGGGGUUUUUUUGGUUUGGGUUUUUUUUUUUUUUUUUUUUUUUGGCUUUUUUUUUUUUUUUUUUUUUUUAAUUUUGGGGUUGGUUUGGUUGUUGUGCUCCGGGCACCAUGUCAAAUUCGGGCUCCCAUCAAGACACUGGGAACAAGCCAGAGACAGAAAAAAAUAACCAAGAUGACUCUCAACCCCCUGUCAACUCUGAGAGGAGGAACAAAAGUGGAAUAAUAAGUGAACCUUUGAACAAAAGUCUUAAGAAGUCCCGUCCACUCUCCCACUAUUCCACCUUUGGUAGCAGCAGCUCGGUAAGCGAACAUUCAGAGAAAGGCAACCCCUUAGCUAAUGGCAACGAUGCGACUGUGGAUAAAAGUCAUUCUACCUCAAAGCACAAAAACAUCUCUAGUAUGCUGAGCAAAUUAGACCGGAUGUCGGAGCUCUCCUCAGAAGGACAGACCGCCCUCCAACAGUUUGCUCAGUCGACAGAAAUGCUCAAAAGAGUGGUACAGGAGCAUCUUCCUCUAACAAGCGAGCACGGGACUGGUAUCUCUGACAUGGAGGCAGUCUCAGCUGCAGAGACAAUGAACGGCCCCUCUGAUUUUCCUUACCUGGGGGCUUUUCCCAUCAACCCAGGCCUUUUCAUUAUGACCCCUGCCGGCGUGUUUCUGGCAGAGAGCGCGCUCCAUAUGGCUGGCUUGGCAGAGUAUCCCAUGCAGAAUGAGUUGGCAUCUGCCAUCAAUUCGGGGAAAAAGAAACGGAAAAGAUGCGGCAUGUGCCCGCCCUGCCGAAGACGGAUAAACUGCGAGCAGUGCAGCAGUUGUAGGAAUCGCAAAACUGGCCACCAGAUUUGCAAAUUCCGAAAAUGUGAAGAACUCAAAAAGAAGCCUUCUGCAGCACUGGAGAAGGUGAUGCUUCCUACAGGAGCCGCGUUCAGAUGGUUCCAGUAGGAACGGGAAUCCCAAAGCUCUGUCAUCCAAGUGCAAUGUCACUGCUUGCUUGUGUUGUCUCAGGCAAGGGAUUUUUGGCUGAAAUGAAUGGAUGCACCUGUGUCUCUUUAGAACCAAAAAUAUUUUCUCGCAAAUCUCA